GGGGGGACCACCUGUGUCCCCCACAGGGGCCCCCCAGAGCCUGGGGGCCCCCAGCACUGGAGCCUGGAGGUGGACGAGGUGCUGACAGGUGCUCAGCGAGAUGCUCCCCAGCCCCUCCUGCUCCCUCCCCAUCCUCCUCCUUUUCCUCCUCCCCAGUGUCCCAAUGGAGUCCCAUCCUCCACCCUUACCACUGCCCCCAUUUCUAGCCCCUGAAUGGGACCUCCUGUCCCCCCGAGUAGUUCUGUCCAGGGGCACCCCCGCUGGACCCCCUCUGCUAUUCCUGCUGGAGGCCGGGGCCUUUGGGGAGCCAGCAGGCAGCCCCGCCAACCGCAGUCGGCGAGGGGUGAGCGAGACAGCACCAGCAAGUCGCCGGGGAGAGCUGGCUGUGUGUGAUGCGGUCAGCGGCUGGGUGACGGACCGCCGGACAGCCGUGGACCUGCGUGGGCGUGAGGUGGAGGUGCUGGGCGAGGUUCCUGCGGCUGGAGGCAGCCCUCUCCGCCAGUACUUCUUUGAGACCCGCUGCAAGGCUGACAGCACUGCUGAGGAAAGUGGCCCUGGUGCGGGUGGGGGAGGCUGCCGGGGUGUGGACCGGAGGCACUGGGUGUCUGAGUGUAAGGCCAAGCAGUCCUAUGUGCGGGCAUUGACCGCUGAUGCCCAGGGCCGUGUAGGCUGGCGAUGGAUUCGAAUUGACACUGCCUGCGUCUGCACGCUCCUCAGCCGGACUGGUCGGGCCUGAGGCCCCUGCUCAGGAAUUGGGC